CCUGGAGGAGUGUGGCGGUCGCUGGCGAAAAUGCGCCCUUUAGUGAAUUUGCCCCACUGUGUCUAAAAGUACAUGUCAGCUCCCUAUUGGAACUACAGAUACAGAGCAUGGGGCUUUUAUAGUUGCAGAGAGGCACACAAUUCUAUGAUCACCAUGGUAAAUGCCAAGCAUGGCUGGAGUGGUGUAAAGGGCACUGCCGCUAAACACCAGAUCAGAUCCUCUGAAGUGAAAAAUGGUAUAUCACAAUCUGACUACAGUAUAGUUAUAUUCUUGAUAAAUCUAUGGCAAAAUAAUCCUACAAUUACAAAGUGAGGUUUACAUAGAUGGGAGUGGAAGCACUUGACUUGCCUGCAAAGAGGCGUAACCUCAACCCUACUAACUUCCUGUUUCUUCGCAAUGACAAUGGGCACCAAUUGGUUAACCUCCUGUCACGUGAUUUAAAUUAGCAAGCACUGGACACAAGAUAUCUGACGGAUGCAAACGAGUCCCUAUGAUGCCCCAAAGUGCUUUUGUCUCCCCUGCUAUUGAGACUGGAAGGAGGUUGGGUGAAUAGGACACCAGAGCACCUGUUGCUGGAUCAACGUGUUGAUUAGUACUCAUUCAAGCAGAGAACUUAAAUCAGCACAAUCUUUUUGUGGAACUGUGACAUCGAAUAACAGAGAAAUAGUAUGGCAUCGGCUGUUGUUUACCAAUCGAUUGUACUAAAAAAAGAUUGCUCUUCACUAGGCUCUACUAAUGGAUUCAACGUUAAUGUAGAAGAACAGGAACUUGCAAAGACUCUCCAAAAAAACUCGGCUGACCUGAACUCUGUCUCCAAAUAUGUCCAGAGAAAUAAUGAGAAACUACUCUUUUUGGAAAAUGGAUGUUGCCUUCGGAUCUGUGAUUUAAAUGGGACUGUUUAUAGGGGUCAAAAUUAUAUGUUGGAAAGCUGGAAAAAUCUCUACUUGCCCAAAAAGACUAAUAUAGUGGUUCUGGGGGCUCUGGACAAUUUUCCGAGCAUGGCACCAGGCAUGCAAAUGAUUGUAUUAGUUGCUGAAGAUGGUCGCAUCUUUCUUUAUGAGGAUGAAGAGAUGCAUAAAACUGCUGACAGUUUGCAAGAGUUUUUUAAGGAUGGCAUAAAAUUUACAGGUGAAACGUACUGCUAUUGUUCUCCACCAAGUUCUGUCACAAGUGUUGAGGAUAAAGAAGUGCAGCAAGAAGUAUUAAAGCUACGGAAAGAAGCACAACAGUUUGUGGAAAAACAUGCUAAUGAGCUAUUGAGCUUGCUCGAUAAGCUUUAGAGCCUUCCUUUUUGUUGUCUUAAAUUUCCAUAUUAAAG